GUGAAAUUUAGUGAAACCGCAUAAACAGAUAUGUACAACAGUACAAGUACUAUGUGUACGAGUCAAGCAGAUGUGAAAUUCCAAAAUCGAUAUCAUAGCGAUAAAGGCACUUGUGUGCGCUCAUCAUGCCACACGUAGGAAAAACACUGCUGUCUGUUAUCUCUGUUGCAGUUAUGAAUUUACACUCGCGUUCCUAUUUGUCGAAGACCAGUCUCUAAUCCAAGUACUUCUCAGCGAAAUCCACGUUUUCGAUUCUGUAGCAUAAUCAGCCUGAUUAUUCGGAUUCUGGUCAUAUGUAGUGAUUUGCAAUGGAGAAGAACGAGGAUGUGACGGACGACGGGCUAACAGCCAUUGAUUUCAAAACCGCCCGUAUCCGUUUCACAGACGAAACGACCGUAUCACCCAGCAGCACGGUCUCCGCUCCCACAUCCCCCCUGCAGCACCCUUCCCCUACCAGUGAGACCAACACCGUACCGGAGGAAUCCAGUAUCAGCUCCACCUUAUUCUCCACACUGCGCCGUUUGUCAGAAAGCAUCAGCCAGUUGUCGUCGUCAGGAUCCGCGGCCAGCACGGCGGCCGCAGCGAAUGGCGCCACCCGAGGGAGUAUUAGCGGCGCUUCCGGGCCAAUACCGACGGGAGGCAGCCUCGGUGGCGCGGCGGUGGAGGAGGCCAGCCGUCAAGUUGCCCAGAAGGAAGCGGAGCGUUCGUUAAAAACCUACUUUGCUUUCCGGGAUGGCGGACACACCAUCGCUAAUGCCAUAAAAGAAUGCCUUCCGGUGAUUACGGACACGAGCAAUCGCGAGGGGAAACUUAUCGGAAUAUGGCUACUGACAGAAAUAUCCCAUUGGGAUGUGGAGCAUGAGCGAUUAGUAUUCCUGACGGAGCGCAACAUGAUCAUCGUCAAGUAUGACCUCAUCCAGUUAACCCUAAUAGAAUAUCGACGGAUUCCAUUGCGGUUGAUUAACCGAUGCGUGUAUGGAUCACUGCGCUAUCCGCCUGGCUCCAUCUUUGAGGACCGUAAUCAAACCGGCCUGCGGAUUAGCUGGCAAAAUGAAGCAGAAGUGCCACAAUCGGUUAACUGGAAUCCCUUCUCGGAAGUUCCAUACGUGACCUUUAUUGACCACUCCGCUGCGGCAGAUCUCAGCGAGACGAUCAUCGCUGGCAGCGGCAUUACCGGUUAUCUCCUGCAGGGCUUCCUGCAACCCUUUAUUACGGCCUGUCGGCAGGAAGUGGACGCACAUUCCGGUGCUCUGAGUUAUGAAGAAACCGGCAUUAUGAUCGAGAAUUAUGCGGGAAUUCUUUCUCAUAUCUACAAUAAAGCCCAGUUGGGAUUUUUCAAAAGAAGAGGAAAGAUUGCUUUUUAACUUGAUUUCUAUAAAACUGAACAGUCAAAUUCUGUUGCACAUUUUUAUGAAUGGUUACAUUUGGGUCUUCGUGUAAUAUCCACCUUAUUUCUUCCUUUCGAUUGUGUGAUUCAGUGAUUGUGCGCGUGAUACAGAAUAGUCAGUGCUUUACAUGAUUUUUAUACAGAACCAGAGAACUAAAAUUGUUCCAGUUAUUGUUAGUAAAUGAUUUUGUUCGCUUUCUGUGUGUUAAUCCGAUCGAUGUUAAUGCCAGCUGUAAGUUGUAACAACAAAUUACGUCAACAUGUCAAAAA